CUUGCAAGCUACAACAUUGUCAACACUCAGUACGAUCGAUCUCAAUCUUCCGAGCCGACAACAUGGUUACUCCUACAGCUGCCCGCAUGAUGCAGGCCACCCGAGCCCGCGUGUUCAGACAAUCCCCAGCUCAAAUGAAAGGCUUUGUUAUGCGCGAGAACCGAGUGCCAUACUACCAACGCCUCUUCCAGAACCACGAUGGAAAAAGACAAUGGUGGAAGACAUCGCGAAGCCCGUACAUCCUUUACCCUUACUACACUUUGCUGAUCGGCUCUUUGGCCUAUUCGGUGUACGGCAUGACCCGCAUGCUUUUUGGCCACAAGACAGUCUGGUAGAUGGACAUUCGAGUACAGACCGGAGGAGGAUCGAGGCUGGAGUGCAAGAUGUAAAGUAGUCUGACCAGACUCAGUUGUACAUAUUUGACCGCACGGUCGAUAUCGGUAGCGAAGUGCACUCGAAGAUCAUAUCGAACUUGAGCAAAUUUUGUCAGCUCGUUUCUCCUGCUUCUGUCUGCGCAUCUUUGAAUUGUUUCCGAGGACAGAUCUCCCUGGUACUCGCGGUCGUGAUAACCCCGAAUAUGGCAUCUGGAUAUUGUACUCUCACGUGCCAAUUCAUACAGACAACCAUCAACCACAUGACCACCCUCGACAAUCUCGAGAGGUGAGUCUACUGAUCAAAUUGGUUACAAGAUC